UGUAGUCAUUGUAAGCCAGUAAGUCACAGUGAGGAGCGGCCAGGCAGACUGCAAGACGGUGCAAAUUGUGAUGAGUUAAAGCAUUAGCAGACUGAGCUACUGAUACAGCCAGAGUGUGUGUGCGCGUGCGAGAAAGGAGAGCGAGAGAGAGAGAGAGAGUGAGAGAGCGAGAGAAAAGAGUGAGGAGAAAAGGGAAGAAGGAGAAAAAGAAGGGAAAAGAAAAAGGAUACUACAAUCAUGCUGUGCUGCAUCAGGAGAGCCAAACCGGUUGAGAAGAAUGAAGAUGCUGACCUGAAAAUCGAGCAAGAUGCCAACAAGCCAGAGGACAAAGCCCAUAAGGCUGCAACCAAAAUCCAGGCCAGCUUCCGGGGACACAUAAUCCGAAAAAAGCUUAAGGACGAGAAGAAGGAGGACAGUCCCCCUGUCCAAGAGGGGGCAACGGAGGGAGAGGAGAAGAAGGAGAAGGCCUCUCCGGUGACCGAGUCAGCGGCCGGAAACGAGCCCGCAAACGAUAGCAGCGCCGCGACGAAUGAAGCCAAAAGCCCAGAAAAAGAAAAGCCAGUGAAUUCUCCCACGGCUGCUGCCGCCGCCUCCCCCACCGCCGCCUCUCCCGCUGCUUCCGAACCCAGGAAAGACGAAGCCAAGCCAGAGGAGGCCGCGAAAGCUAAAGAAAAUUCCAAAGAGGCAGAAGAGAAGGUGGCACCGGUGAGUGAAAGCAAAGAGACGACUCCCGCUGCUAAGGAGGACGGCGCUGCCGACGCCCCCGCAGACAGCGCCGCGUCGGCGAAGCCUGCGGAGCCGGAGGAGAAGGAGGAGCCCAAACAAGCCGAUGUGCCUGCCACCAACGACAGCGAGACCGCACCCAGCAAGGCCCACAGCCAAGAGACGGAGUCCGGCUUGCCUGAGGAGAAAGAUGCUGCAGAUGAAUCCAAACCGACUGAAAGUUCUGCCCAAGUAGAGGCAGGCAAUGAAGAAGCUAAUGCUAACCAAGACAAAGUCUGAAAAAAAGGAUUAAAAAUGAAAUAAAAAAGGUUUCUCUAAGCCUAUUGAUUGUGAGGACCGUCAAUUUUUAUUUAAUUAAUUUUAUUUUUUUGUGUGGCAAUGAUUUUCUAAAAUUGGGGGAGUUCCCAUAUGAGGUAUUUGGCCCAAGCUAGCAUCAGAGUGCAUUCAUACAGCAUGCUUAAUGAAUGUCAGGACAAAUCCAGGACUAUACAUUCCAAACUAGCAAAACAUAAAGGAACAGUUCCUUUACCUUGAGUUAAUCAAGGCUGUUUACACAUUAUUCAAAUUGUUUCUGAUGUAUUUGGUUAAUCACACCCCCUCCCCCCAAAAAAGUGCAAAAUUCAUUAUGAGGUUGGGUGGCAAGCCGCUUGCCUUGUAGAAUGUAUACAAACCCAGCAGGGAUAUAACAAUUUCAUUCAUCAGGACAAGAAUCGCUUGAGUCAUUUAACAAAUGCCAUGGAAACCCCCCAAUCGACAGGAACGUUUUGCAGUCACAAAACGAAAAAAAUAAAAAAAUGUGUGGCUUCUUUUAGGUGUUCUUGGUGUUGUUAUGACAGUUUGAUAUGACCAAUCAUUUGGAAUUAUUAUUGCACUGUAUUAAAAACAACAAUUUAACAAAAUAAAAAAAUACAAAAUUACUCUGAUUAUUUUCUGUUCAGUGAGUGCAAUGUUCCGUUUAGAUAUAAGAAGUUAAAAUUCUUAGUGAAUAAAUGGUUUCAAUUCAGUGUGGUGGGAAAUAACUUUUUUGUCUGUUUUCAGAAUAAAGCAAUGUGCCAAUUACA